AUGGGCAAACGCAAAUCGAAAGCCCCACCGCCGAAAAAGGUCCAACCGAAAUUGGACACGCAAUUCACGUGUCCGUUUUGCAAUCACGACAAAUCGGUCACCGCGAAAUUGGACUUUCAACAAUACAAAGGGUUAGUGGAAUGCUCGGUGUGCGGACAAAAAUACGCGUGCACGAUCGACGAUUUAUCCGCCGCGAUCGACGUGUAUUCAGAUUGGAUCGACGCGUGCGAACGGUUGAACGCACCCGGUGGGGGUGGGGGAGGAGACGAGGAGGAGGAGGAGGAAGAGGAAGAGGAGAAAGCGUUAAGGCGAGCGAAGGACGCGGAGGAGGAGUCGAGAAAGAAGAAGCAAAAGACGACGGAGGGUGGUGGGAAGAGGAAGGACGACGAGUACGAGAAGGAUUUUAUCGAUUCCGAGGAGGACGAGGAGGAAGAUGUGGGCGACGAUACCAGCGAGAGCGGUUAA